GGAUAAUGUAUGGCGCGUGCUUCGAAGUUGAUUUUACAGUUGGUCGUUCAUGUGGGUAGAUUCGACCGGUGAACGGCCUUUGAGUAAUGGUAAAGUGACCUCGAAAAAGCUACACUAAUGGUAAGGAGUAAAAUUGUUGAGCGCGUUAACGUCGAAAAUUGUCUCUAAAUUUUCAUCAGGCUUGUUGGGUUAAGGUCCGGUAAACCCUGGGCAUGGAUGCAGUAUGCUUGACCCGAUUUUAUUAACCUAUGCCAUAGGUGGCGUUAACUAAACAAAGGGUGAGAAGCGCAAUCUGUAAGUAAAAAACAUGUCGGUUUGGAGUAUUUGAUCACAGAUAUCUUCAAGACAUUAGGCUCAUACAAUGGAACAGCCAAAUAAAGAUUUCUGAGACUGGCCUCGACGUUCUGAGAAAACAUAGCGAGUCGAUUGGUUUUGUGAGGAAUUUUCGUCAACUAAGAUGGUUAGGAUGUGUGUUACGUUUGACCAACCACCUCAUACCGCAAAGCCUGGUUUGUCCAAAGUGUAAAUAGAUCUGCAGAAUACUAGGAGCUGCCAAACCAAGACAUGGCAUCAUUCCAUCAAGUAAUUGACCAUUCAUCAGCCGUGUUGGUACAUGCAUACUAUUUGGUUGGGGUUUGCGCAGUCACUUGUUGAAAAUGUCGGAUGACGUGACUUGGAAUCGGUCACAACUGCGUAGGUAGACCUAAUCUUUGUCUUCUUCCAGUAUUAUUUUCACAAAUCUUGUUUCGCGAAAUUAGCCACGUCCUAACCUUAUUCUUAUACGUCUGGUAUUUUGUUUUAUGUGGUACUGUUAUUGUUUUUUAUUCUUUUGCUAUCUUUAUGGUUCAUUUUGUCCAUUGAUAUUGUAGUAGGGAAACUCAUAAUGACGAACAUUUGGUACUCACAAAUCGAUUAUAUUUUAUCAAAAAUAACCGAAUUCUUGUUCAUAGUGGAAACUAAAAAACAGUUCUCUUUAAAGAUUAUCUCAGCAUAAAAUAAUACUCAUUUUUUACUUAACCGAAGGGCAUAUUUAGUUUUAUCUGUAGUUGCAGGAAUUUUUAAGGCAGCGACUACCUUUUGCAGAUCCCAAGCAUGACAAAGAAUGUGAUAAAACUGAUGAACUGAAGACAUGUAGUGGUCAAGAUUACUGAGUCAUAUCCAGAAAUUUAAUUAUUGGCCACGUUAUGUAGCUCGCUUGAUCAGGUUCCGUCCUGUUUAUCGAAAAGAACUUCUAGGUUGGCGUUUUGAAACGGAUCAUAUGUUUCAACGGCCCAACUCUCUACCAAAUGAAAAAAAAGAAGAAAAAUAUCUACCGAUUUGGCAUUUUUCUGAGAAACCCCCUUGGAACGUUGCUAACCGCAUAUCCGAAUUCCCAUAUCCGAAUGUAACUUGGUGCGUUAUUCAUCCGAAUGGUCGCAAAGAAGCACGAAAGUUGCAACCUAUGCUACCUGAAGACCAAUUGAUUUUUAAAGGUGAUCGUGUCCAAAUACUGUGUGGCCCGGAUAAAGGAAGAGUUGGUAUUGUUUCUUCAGUCUUAAAAAUCAGACGCUUGGUCUAUGUGGAUGGACUUAAUUAUCGUUUAACAGCUCUUAAAAAAUAUGAUUCUUUAAAAAGAAGCGAGGACCCGUUAGAUAUUGAUACCCAGGUUGCUCUUUUGGAUCCAUCAAAUAAUGAACCUUGCAAGUGCUCCUGGCGGUACACUGAAGAGGGAAAUCGGGUCCGUGUUUCCCUACAAACAGGUCAUGUAAUCCCUCUACCAGCUGCAGCCAGACAUUUAGAUGACUUAACCGAUCCUAAAACAGCUGUUGCCAGUUCAAAAGAUACUUGUGAACCAGUUGUUUGUAAUGUAUCCCUCAAGUCUCUCACUUCGACAUCAGAUGUCAAUUUCGAAAAGAGUUUGCUCAAGGAUUUAAAGUUAAAGGACGAUUGUCUUAAGCAAACUCCUACAUAUUGGUAUUGAUUUCCGUCAAUUAAAGACCAUGUUUAGUCUGUCCGUUUAUCCAAUUUUCGCCUUCUUUUAAAGAGCUUUCAAUUGAGUUAUCUGAUUUCUAAUAAGUUCAGCGGAAUCUUUCAUUUUUAUUUGGAAAUCCAAAGUUGUAUCUCCUUUAUAUUAUAUAAGUGAACCAUAACUUGGAAAAUAUCAGACACUAUUAAAGAGAAUACGAAGUGGGCUUCAUCAGUAUUUGGCAUAAACUGUUAUUAAAACCAAUCAAUCACUUACGUAGACAG